AUGCUGGUUACCUUCCACGGGGAUGCGCCAUUCCUAGCUCAUCCGAGAGAUCUGAUAAUUCUACAAGCCAAAGCUCUGGAGAUAGAGCACAGAUUCAUACAUAUCAAGGCACCCUUCAUGGAAAGCUAUCGAACGUCAAUCAUGAACCUCAGUUCUGAAGGAAUUCAAGGGAUUUUCACAGGAGACAUACUAGAUGUGUGCUCAAGCUUCCUUGACCGUGUAGUUGAGGGCACACCUGUGGAACUUUUACGACCCCUAUAUUUCUUGCCGAGAAAGGAAGUGAUAGACCUACUUCUCCCCUUUCAAUUCGAUAUAGUCAUUACUUGCUGUUCCCUGACGCAAAUGUCUCUCGAAUACGGAAUGGAAUUAGCUGGCAAAAGGCUGAAUAAGGAAUUCUUUGACAAGUUGGUAAAGGAUGAAAAAUUGGAUUCAUGUGGUGAAAACGGUGAGUAUCAUUCAAUGGUACUAGACGCACCUCUUUUCAAAAAACGCAUUGAAGUCAAGGAAGUCGGCCCUAGAGUUUCCGACGGAGGAAAGUUCAUCUUCUAUGACAUGAAGGACUACAGACUGGUUGAGAAAAACUAA